CUGCAGUUGAAUUUACUUCUUGGAUUUUGGUUGAUACCAGCUAGAUUUUCCUCUCCAGGACGAAGGUGAGGGCUUAUCAAGAACACAACACUCUAAUUGGCCUGUGACAUCUUAUGGCACAUACUUUCCCUGGAGGGACAUCUCACAACAGCCUCAGGUUUUGGCACCAUUAAACCUUACUCCUGACCUAGUUCAUCCUAAAAGCUGGCCUUUCCACCUCAGGCUGAAACUAGCCUGGUUCCGUAUUGGCUCAAUCUGUAGGAUAUUAGCCCACACUCACUUUCCCCUUCCCUCGCAGUGGCUCAGAGGAGAGCCUUUGUCCCCUGUGGGAAAGACUGGUGUGGCUUUGCUGAGCUUUGUGUGUCCUGCUGAAUUCUUUUAUGGGGGAGAGGGGAAGGGGGAAAUCGCCUUCCUUCCUGUUUUUUGUUAUCAAUAGCAAAAGUUGGUGUACCUUUGUUCUCCACCUGCCAUGUGUCCUCCUUCUCUUUUCCUUUACCUGGCUCUGGAGACCAUUGCUGGCAACCAGCCAGACCAUCAGUCUUUUGUUGUGGUGUAUUUCAAACAGACUGGAUUAAACAGAACAAAUACUACUGCUAGUUAAACAGCUUACUUCUUAGUCAUUAGUUACUAUGACUAUUGUGCUCCCUCCCUGCAAAACAUAGCUACAUAGAUGCUCGUUCAUAUCGCCUAUACAUUGUUAAGGAGAUGAGCGUUUCCCUCCUGUUUCCUUUUGCAAAACACCCUGCUCAUGUGUGUAAUACAAGCAUUAAAAUACACAUAGAGCUUUAAACUAUUGUUUUUUGGGGGAAAAAAUACAGUUUUCAUUGACCUCAGGAGAAAAAAAGAAAAAAAGGAGGAUUUCAUACAAACACAGAAGCUUAUGAGAACUGUAAGUCUCAUUUAUAGGCUUCUGUGAAUGUAUUUAGUAUUGUUUUCAGCAGUGUUUUAACAAGCUUGGAAAAUGCUGCUGGAAGAAAAGGAAAGCAUUGAGUGUGUCUCAAAGGAAAGAAACUAAGGGAUUAAAAGUUGAACACUCAAUUUUCGAGAAUAACCAAGUCACUAUUUAGGGAGUUCUGGACACACAACUUGAGAAACACUUUUUGAAGGGCCAUGAUUUCAGUUCACUUUAUCAAGAGUAUAGACAAAGUCAGUGUUAGGGCUCAAGUGGAAUGACUUUAAGUCUGACUUGACAGUGGACUGAUAAACCUCAGUGGAAACUGAGGGCAGAAUGCUGAAGUAGAAUGUUUUGCAACUUUUCCUCCUCCUCUGAUCACAUUUGCUCAAUUUCUGCUUUCAGUGUUCUGGAUGCAGAAUUAAUCAUCCCUGAUUUCAGGCUGGCUGUCAUAUUGCCCCAUGGCAAAAGAGCUAACACAGAAGAGGUCAGAAGAUCUCUCAGGAAUGCCUGCUAGCAGAUUUAACUCUUGCUCCAGAGUAUUCUCCAUUUCACAUUGUGCCACUGCUGCUUCAGAUUUCUGCUGGGAAAUGAAACUCCAACCAGUUCUUUUCUUGGGUAUCUUUUGCACUGUCCUAACGACAUCAAAUUAAAUCUUGUGCAGUUCCAUGUUUUUGAUACAUAAUGGUAGCAUUAAGAUCUGCCUGUCAAUAUUCUAGUCUAACACAACAGUAGCUGUGGUUUCUGAUAUAAUUUAAAUUUAUUGUGCACCUUAUAGUAAAGCUGUUCUUUGCCACAGCAGAGAUGAGAGACCUGGAAAUGGAGGUAAAGGGGAAAAAUUAAUAAUUCUGUACGUCUAUUCUUUAAAAGAGUUCUCCAUGUCAGGGUGAAGGGAAAUAUUUGCUCAAGUAUCUGCUGAGGUCAAAUGGAAAAGGCAAUUUUUGUGUGUAAAUGGUUAAUUGUGACUUAAAAGUCCCCACAUUGACAGGAACUGCAGGAUAAAUGUCAUUGGAACUUCUUGUUUUUUUAAUACACCUUAAGAAAUUAAACAAAGCAAAUGCAUUUGGUGGCGCCCUCAGGAAAAGUCCAGUCACUUCCUGAACAGUAAUCUGCCUGUGAGCAGCAGAUACAUUCUCAUUGUUUGCCAUUUCCAGUUUCCAGUAAUGGGAACGAUUACUUGAUCCAGCCAGUUUUUGAAUAUCUGGGAAAACUUAUGUAUUUUAAUGGCAAAAUUUUAUCAGUUUCCAUAAAACAACAACAGAAAAACCCAUAACCUGUUUUUGGUACCUGGAGGCAUCACCUCUGAUGAUGAAUAUUGUUUUAUUUUGGAAUUAAGUGUGUGUGUUCUUCAGGAACGAGAUGUAUCUUGCUCUUCUGGUGAUUUUCUUGCAGUGUUCAGAACUUUACACUCAGGACAGAGUUUUUACUUUCAACACAGUUGAAAUCAAUGUUCAGCCAUCUGUCAAAGUCAAGAAUGGAGCUCCUAUGUCAAUUAUCUGCCGUGCUGAUAUUAGCAAAAGUACUGAUUUCCAGCUGAAGCAUAACUUUACAAUUUUUAAGGAUGGCAAGCUUGUGUUCCUGACUGUAUCGGAUGAAGAUGAUGCUCGAUAUGAAGUACCUAUGGCUAGAUCUUCAGAUACAGGAGAGUAUGAAUGUACUGUGGAAGCAGGUGGGAAGACAAAAUCAAGUAACUCCUUACAUGUGUGGGUAGCAGGAAUGACCAAGCCAAUCCUCACUGCUGAGAAAAAAGAAGUUUUAGAGGGUGAAGUUGUGAAAUUACGUUGUGAGCUACCAGAAGAAGUUCCUCCUUUAUAUUUCUAUUUCCGAAAGAUAAAGAUGAAUUCAACACCUAAAGAAAAGUAUGUCUUUGAAGCAUACAAAAAUUUUUCUGAAGUGGAAUUUCCUGUUGAAGAAGGAGAUAAUAUUUUACAAUUUGAUUGCUUUGGUAAGAGACAUGUACAACGUGAAUUUGACAGCUCAGAACACAGCAACAAAACACUUGUUACAGUCAGGGAACCAUUUAUAAAGCCUACUCUGAGUGUCAAGCCCUCAAAUAAUAUUACAGAAGGAGACAGAAUACAGCUUGAAUGCUCAACUGUGGUAGCCCGAAUGCGUGAUAUUGAAAUCAUACUCCAGAAAAACAAAACAAUACUGAACAGUGUACGAGAUGAGAAAGUUUUGAAGUACUCUGCAGUAGCUACUCCAGAGGACAGUGGUGAAUACCUGUGUAAGGUGGAGCAAGGGAGAGCAUCUAAGUCCACCAAAGUGAAUGUUGUUGUGUCAGAGUUAUUCCCCAAGCCAACACUGGCUGCUUCUAUGAAUAAGCUGGAUGAAAACAGAGAGCUAACUCUGAGCUGCAGCGUUAGUGGCUUUCGGAAAGCCAACUUCUCUGUGCUGCGGAGGACUUCAAAUGGUGAUGUCUUGUUGAAAACUUCUAGAAACUUGACAAUGAGAGUUAGUGUGAAUGAUACUGGAUCCUACAUCUGUAAAGCUGAAGUAAAAGGAAUAGUCAAGGAGAGCAAACCUGUAAGGAUAAAUGUUUAUGCUCCAGUCUCCAAGCCAACUCUUUCUGUUGCCAGUGGUUUACCAGAGGUGGUGUUAGGGAAGCCUCUACAGUUAAUCUGUCGUUCAGCGAUGGGAACACCACCAAUAACAUUCACAUUCUACAAAGGAAAUGAAAUGAAGAAAACAGUCAUUAAUGACACAUAUGCUACGUUCUUGGAUGAAAACAUUAGACAAAAUGACAGAAGGGGAUACAGAUGUGAUGCCAGAAAUAAUCACUCCAGUGGUGUGAAAACCAGCAAUAUUCUAAACGUCACAGUAGUAGUGCCAAUCAGGAAUGCCAGCCUGGGCAGUAUUCCGUAUGGAGAAGUGGAGGAAGGCAGUGAGAUUGCUUUUCUGUGCUCUGUGAAAGAGGGAUCUUGGCCAAUCCACUUCAGGAUUUUUAGAAAAACUGAUCGUGAUGUUCUUGUAUUUGAGCAAAGUGAACAUGCUGACAGAGUCAUGUGGCGCAAGGGCACGAUGAGCAGGCAGGACACGGGGACAUACUACUGCCUGGCUUCUAAUCGAGCCAAUGUGGAUGUGAAAAGCCAUCCAAUAACCAUCAGUGUCAUCUUAGCAUCUUGGCAGAAAGGAGUCAUUGUCGCGUUUGUCCUGAUACCCCUCGCAGGAGCCGUGACUCUCGCUUUAUGGUGGUUUUUGUGUAAGAAGAAAAAGGCUAAAGGACCAUCCAUGGAGAUGUCUGGUCCUGCCUUGGCUACUAACUCGACAAGUGAAAAACUGACAAGACAGCACAAUGAUGGAGACUACUAUUCAGGACCUGACCUUGAGGGUGCUGAGGUGGAGUACACUGAAGUCGAAGUAUCAACGCUUGAUCCUCACAAAGCUCCUGUACAGAAGGGGACUGAAACAGUUUAUAGUGAAAUCAGAAAAGCUAAUAAUGAGAACACAAGGGCAUCGUGAUGCUACUUAGAACUGUCAUCUCAAAGAUCAGCUGGGAGAAGAAAACAAGCCAAGAUGGAAAAUGUUGUGAAUGUUUCAAAAACUCUGCAGCACUUAUUUAUGAGUUUGCCGGGCUCUUCUUUUCAGAGUUUAUUUCCUUAGAGGGAACAAUAGAGAUGUCCCUAAAGCAUUUAAUGGAAAAAAUGACAAAUAAAAAUUCUAAUAGGAAAGUGGCUCUAGAAACCACUGACCUAGGUUCUCAUCUUUAAUUUCUCCUGCUAAUGCAAUUUUUCCUUUCUAGCCUCCAAUUCAUCAUGCUCUGAGGAAAUAAAAGGGGAAGCUACAGCUGAGGAAGUACCUUUCUAUAGUGCAGUAACUACUGUGAUGCCAGUAGGAUGUAGAAAUGUUUGAACUUGCUUUAAACUAGCUAACUUGGUUAUCAGUGAUACCCUAUUGUGGCAGAACAGAGCUCAGCACAGUUUGCCCCACCAUAUAUGUACUUUGACAUGACCUUGCAGCUUGCGCUGAACUCCCUGUGCUGCAGCAGCUGGACUGCUGGACCAGUCUUGGAUGUAACACUGCCAUGAGGGCCUAACGGAAGGGCGAGCUCUGGGCUCUCUAAAAACUUGAAUAACUGUUCAGAGAUUCAGUACUUUACCAAGUGCUUCUAUCAGUAGAGGCACAAAUAUUCUUUAUUCUUCACUAAAUUGCCUUUCCCCUUUAGACGUUCUGAUGCUUGUUUGUUACUUUGGUGUGAUGGGCCUUCGAGGAAUGAUUGUCCAUCACAGUCAUUUUGGAUGACGCAAAAUACCAGUCUUCAGGUGGGUGGAUAUGCUACACCCAGGUCAGUGAGUUUGUACCUGAAAAUCCUGUUAUGUAUAAUCCUUAUUCCUUUGAUUUUAGGAGAGAUCUGAAGUCAUAUUUGUGUCCAGUUUGUCCAGUAUGGAAAUCCAUACCUAUCCUUUUUCUCUAUUGUAUGAUAAACCACUAACAUGGAUCCAGUUGGGACCUGGAUCUAAUCUUUGCAGGCUGUGUUUAUCUCAGUUGCUUUACUUUACAAAAAGAAUACAGACCAAAAUAGAAAAAGUACUGUCCUCAACCCCUUAACCAGCUGGUCUUUGACACUACAAUUGCUCUCCUUUUCUUACUGCUGAUUAAAUCACUACAAGAUCUGGGCCACAGGUAAGAAGGUUCUCAUUUUAAUUAAGAAAUAGUGAAAGGGAGGACAGAGAUUUGUGUGUACAUAUAUAGUUACUGCUUUCAGCAUUGCAUCAAAGGCACAAAACCAGCAGGAAAUAUAAAAGGGUUUUAUAACCUCAUUCCAAACGUUUAAAUUUUCAAGCUCCAGUUACAGGCUAAUAUCUCUAAUUUAUUGUUCCUAUGCAAACGUUGUUUGUAUCAUAAGCCUUUGACAAAUGACUGACUCUUCUGUUGACAAAUGUUCUUUCCAGCAUCCCAUGAGUGUCCAUACAAAUGCAUUAGUAUAAGGAAUGUGAAAAGGUAUUUUAAUAAAGAAAUCUUUGAAUUGAA